UUUAAGAGAGGAAGAUAACAAAAUUUGCUUCCAAUUAUGGUUUCCUACGCUUCGUUAAUUGCGUUGGUUGUAGCAGGCGUGUUAUUUGCCCUUUUUUCUUUCGCUAUUUACCUCUUCACCCCACCGCAAAACUUCCCAAAGAAUAUUCCGACCGUGCCAUUCUACCUCACCUUGCUGCCGCUCAUCAAAGAUGUCGACCAAGCAGACCUUUAUCGCAAGUACCUAAAGGAGCCGCUCCAGAAAUAUGGCGCUGUAAAAAUCUUUUUCGGUGGACGAUGGAACAUUCUUCUGCAGAAACCUUCAUACGUGGCAGAAGUCUUCAAGUACGAAGAUAUAUACGCCAAAUCUGGGAACCAGGUCAAGCUUCCACAGAGCAUAGUUGCGGAGUACACUGGCGAUAACAUCAUCAGCUCUCAUGGGGAGAAUUGGAGGCUUUUCACUUCCGUUAUCAAGCCUGCGCUGCAACAUGAACAAGAUCCAAUUUUCAUCUGCCGUAAUUCUAAGGUGCUGAAGACGAUGCUACUUGAAGAGGCAAGCAAGGCGCCUUCUGGCUUCGUUGUGUACGGACUCCUUCAGCGAUAUGCGCUUGCGAACCUCUCGGAGACCCUCUUUGGGUUAAGUUUCGAGACGCUGCAAAGACCAGAUGCCUCAUUGCAUAGCCUUCAGAUGAGAAUCAAGCCGACGAUCUUCAACCCCAUCUUCCUGAACUUUCCUUUUCUGGACCAUUAUAAGUGGAAAAGUCGACAGUUGGGCCGCGAACUUGUCAGGAAAUUUCGAAAUACACUUCGUACCGAUGUCGCUAAGGGACAUAACCAUGUUUGCGACCAUGAGUCUGCCAAAUUAGGCUGCAGGAUGUUGGGCGCGCAUCGAAUGGGUCUUCUAUCCGAAAAACAACUCCAAGACAACCUUGUCAGCGUCUUCCUCGCAGGGCAUGAAAACCCGCAACUAGCUCUAAUAUCUCUACUAUAUCUUCUAGGAGAGCAUCCCGCGGUGCAAGAGGAGGUCCGCAAAGAAAUCAACAUUGUGUUUAACAACAACGAGGGGAAAGAGUCCGAGGCCUCGUACAUUGCCAUUCACGGCCUACCCAUCCUUACUUCGGUCAUCUAUGAAACGCUCCGUCUGUACCCACCAAUAUCUCAGCUCCUCAACCGCCGCACUAGUGUCCCUAAUACUCUCGGCAACAAUAUCUUCAUCCCUGCAGGAGUUUAUGUUGGAUACAAUUGCUAUGCCACGAAUCGUGACACUUCAUUCUGGGGUCCGGAUGCGGAUGAUUUUAAGCCAAGCCGCUGGGGUUCAACUCUAGAGAAUAUCAAGGAGCUGUACCGGAAAGCCAAGGCCAAAGGGGCCUUUAUCAGCUUCCAUGGUGGAAGGAGAGCAUGUCUCGGCCAAAGAUUUGCAAUGCAGGAGCUACGAGUCACAAUGGUGGAGAUUCUUCGGGGUAUGAGAUGGACGGUGGAUGAACGCUGGGAUGGCCGCAUGACGCCAGCUGGGCCCCUUUACCCGAGAAAUCUGCGGAUCAAAUUUCAGGAAUUGAAGACCUAAUUAGAAGGCAAGAUGCCUCGCAUCUCAUUCACGCAUAUGACAGGGAACUUGGGCUUACAGACGCUGGAACUGGAGGGAUUUAAGUGCAUCAUGGAUUGGAUAAAGCGAAACAAUGGGCAGCUCGUUACUCCAGCGAAAGGGGAAGUAUUGGUGAGGUAUUAGGGCGGUGUAGUUUGCAGGGACUCCUUCUCGACUUUCCCUGCCUUUCUGAAAUCGUUGUAUUGUUGAAUAUUCCUUUCUUAUUUGGACUGUCGUUG